AUGGCCAUUGAACAGUGGGAGCUGAUUAUCUCCCAGAAACGGGCGAUCAGAGAUAAGCUGCUUACUCCGUACCUGAUCAAUAUAGAAGAUCGAGGGGCUCAUGUUGAUGUUCAUGAACGCAGUCAUGUAAAUGAUGAAGUUCAAGCAAUUACUGAUAUUGACAAUGUGGAAGUGUUGUUGCAAAAGAUGCAAAACGGUGACUUUUCUGCCGAGCAAGUUGUCCACGCAUAUAUUCAACGAGCUGUAGUGGCACAUCAAUUGACCAACUGUCUCACCGAGGUGGUGUUCGAGGAUGCAUUGCAACAAGCCAGAAACUUGGAUAUAGAGUUCCAGGCAACGCAUAAGAUUAAAGGUCCUCUACACGGGAUUCCCUUUACCGUGAAGGACCAAUUCAAUAUCAAAGAUGUUGACACAACUUUGGGUUAUGUGGGCCGAUCCUUCAACCCAGCGCAACAAGAUGCAGUUCUGGUUCGGAUCUUGAAGGACAUGGGUGCGAUUGUCAUUGCAAAGACCAACUUGCCCCAGAGUAUCAUGUGGGCCGAAACUGAAAACCCGCUGUGGGGACUGACUACGAACCCUCGGAACCCUGCCUUCUCUCCAGGUGGCUCCACUGGGGGCGAGGGCUCACUUUUAACCUUGCAUGGAUCUUUAAUGGGCUUUGGUACGGAUAUUGGAGGGAGCAUUCGGAUUCCUCAAAGCAUAGCUGGUCUAUAUGGUUUGAAACCGUCGAGUAGUCGGUUUCCCUACGAAGGCGUCCCAGUCUCGACGGAAGGUCAAGAGCAUGUUCCAUCUGCCGUGGGGCCAAUGACCCGGGAUCUCCAGUCGCUCAGCUAUAUCACCCGGCUUGUGACGAAUGCCCGGCCUUGGGACUCGGACCCUCGAUGUACCCCUUUACCUUGGAAUGAGACUACAUUCGAUGAGAUUCAAACUCGCCCCAUGGUCAUAGGACUGAUCAUGGAUGACGGUGUCGUCAGAGUGCAUCCGCCAAUUGCCCGGGCUUUAGAAGAAUUAGCGGUCAAAUUGAAGUCUGCCGGCCACGAGAUUCUGGUCUGGGAUACAUCGGAUCAUGCAGCGUGUAUCGAACUGAUGGAUCUCUAUUAUACCGCCGACGGGGGAGAAGAUAUUCGUCGAGACGUCGCAGCUGCUGGUGAACCCUAUAUCCCCCAUGUGGAAGUUCUGGUUAACCGUGGCAAGCCAAUUUCGGUAUACGACUAUUGGCAACUGAACAAGCGGAAAUUUGCUGCCCAGAAAAAGUAUCUCGAUAAGUGGAGCACUGUCCGAUCUCCAUCUGGGAAGCCUGUCGAUGUUCUGCUGGGUCCGACGCUGCCACAUACGACUGUCCCACAUCGGAAGUUUCGAUGGGUAGGAUAUACCAAGAUCUGGAACUUUCUGGACUACCCAGCCGUGACCUUUCCGGUUGACAAGGUGAGGGCAGAUCGAGACCAAUUGGCGACAGAAGACUACACCCCACGGAAUGCAUUGGAUGAGUGGAAUUGGAACCUUUACGAUGCAGAAAAGAUAGUUGGAUAUCCUGUGAAUCUCCAAAUCAUCGGCAGGAAACUGGAAGAAGAGAAGGUACUGGGAGCCGCUACUGCCAUUGAGAAUGUCUGGAAGAACCACACUGCAAGGCACGUCUGA